AUGGCUGGGCUUCGUCGUGACCCGGGAAUAUCCCACAACAUUGGCUCUGCCCAAACCUCCGAUACAAAGCAAGAAAGCAAGCAACAUGAGAGAACGCACAAGACACACUUGCCUUUCUGGCUGGGCAGAAAUGCCUUGAUCCUAUUCCUCUUGAUUUUUGUUGGUUGUGCAGCCUCUCUAAUCGGGCUGAACCACUUCAUCUCCUCUCGUGAUGGCAUCCCCCUCACCAUAUCUUCUAGCUCGUACUCGUGGACAUACGGUCCUACUGCGAUCCUCGUCGUCAUACUUAGUCUCUGGAGGCGCGUCGACUACUUUUACAAGUCGGCGCAGCCGUGGCGCGAAUUAUGGAAAGGCCCUGCUCUGGCCGAAAAGUCCAUCCUCCUUGACUACAUCAGCCCCAUCCAAGCUAUGAGCGCUUUAACGGCGUGGAAGCAUCGACACUAUGCAGUUGUGGCCACCAUUGUCUCUUUUCUGCUUCUCAAAUUCGUCAUUCUGAUUUCUACGACCUUAUUUGUGCUUGUGCCGUCUUUUCACCUCGAGCCAUCUGACAUCACCUAUUCCAACGCAUUUCAAGCAGCAAAGGCAUGGGACUCGGGUGGGUACUUCCCAUCCCCAGGCUUCGCAUACAUGAAUGCGGACAGGAGCCUUCUCGCCGGUGGCUCAAGCGCUUCAGUCUGGACGUAUCUGGCAAGCCUCACCGAUGGCACCACGGGUGAAUCCAGAUUCAGACCACCUGGGAAUAUGGUGACGCAGCAAUUCGCACCCAUGGUCACCGGAUCCAAUUUGACAUUGCUCGAAGCACCGAUCGAUGUUUUUGUGCCAAAGGUCACUUGCGAGGAUGCUGUUCUCUCGUCCACACCGCUUGACUCAGGCCUUGUUGGUGAAGCCAACGACAACCGCACACAAGUCUUCAACUUUGUGUCUCCGACAUGUUCGUCCGGCGGGGGGUGGGAGAAUCCAUGCAGUGCGAGACAUGGAGUCACCACGCCUUCGGACGUGUACAGGACGUGCGAGUCACAGCCUCGGAGCUACAUCAUCCACCGGCUCAACUGCACCGACCCCUUCAAUGCAACCAACUAUGUGGGUGACGAGCGACACUGGCCUCAGGACAUAGAAUCAUACGACAUUCGCUAUGCCAUUGCAGCAACACACUUUGAGGCCAAGAUCGAUCCACCAGAUUCCCGGGUGGUUCAAUCUAUGAAUGUCAUCAACUCGUCUGCCAUCAUCUGCAAGAUUAACUACGGCAUCGCUUCUGUAAAUGCGACGUACAAUCUCUUUACCAACGAGGUCAUUUUCAAGGAAGACGUCCAACAGGCAGCGACGAGGCUGCUGUCUAACCUGUCAAGCAUCGCAGUUGCAGAGAUGACAAUGGACAAUCUGGCCGUGGCGGCCCAGUCGCUCGUCGUCAGCGAGAAGCUGCCUACUAAGAAGCCGCAGACCAGCACCCCUCCGAACGCGCCGGACGCCCUCUUCCAGCUCAUGUACUCCAAACUGGGAUCACCAGCGGACAUUGACGUCUUUUACCAGGGCCACGUGCUCAAGAACACCACAAUAGCGGCGUUUGAGGGCUUGCUUACGGAGUUCUCCCGGCAGUCGAUGAUCGUUGAUGCUGCAACCCAAGCCUCAGCCACCGGCACGGUGAGUGUGAGGAAGCUCUACAUGAGAUCAGCCUCGUUGUGGAUCAUGGUGGCUGUGUUCCUGUUAUUGGUCGUACUUUGCCUAUUGUUGGCAGUGACUGCCCGGCGCAGUCUCUGGUUGAGCGCCAUGUCGGGUUCGAUGGCCGGGCAAGCGGCUGUACUUGCCAACAGCCUAUCCUUGCAAGCCUUAUUGAAGGAUUCUGGUCACUGCCGAGAGAAGGAUCUGAAGCAGAAACUGAAAAGUAGUCAAAUUACUGCCAUCGCGGAUCCUGAUAGAGGAGUUGUGCUCGAGGCGCAACAAGUGACGUCGCUUUCUUCAGAAGUGCCACAUGCUGGCCCAUCUCAGCGAAAGAUGCACGAAUGGUCGCCUCUUUUUGGCCGUCUUCCGGUUUUUAUCUUGACGCUUGUUUUGCCCCUAUUCUGUAUCGGGACUCUCGAGCUACUCUAUCAGCUCUCAUCCAAGAAUCAGGGACUGGUCAAUAUUGACAAUAGUGGCUCAUCGGCGUUACUAUACAUUAUCCGGAUUGCAUCGACGCUGGUGGUCUUUGGGAUUGCUACCAUCUUUAACAGUCUUGACUUCACCAUAGCUACUUUUGCUCCAUAUUCUAAUUUGCAUUCAGGCAGUGUUCGAGCAGAUCGGAGCAUUCUCUUCAACCUGCUUGCCAUCUCACCAUUCCUCGUCCUUAUCAAAUGCCUUCGGCACCGUCAGUUCGGCGCUGCAGCCUCGAAUAUCUCAAGCCUCCUUGCCGGUUUCCUUACUAUUAUAGUCUCGGGCCUUUGGGUUCUCACUGACUCCAAGGUCGCGGGACCAGCGACAGCGUCUGUUCGCAACUGGGACAUCAGUUGGUUGAAUGAUUCAAGUAAUGACGGCGGUGCCGGUGUCUUGUUAAAUAUCAUUCGCCAUGGAAGCUUACUUAAUCCUAAUAAGAUUUGGCAAGACGUUGUCCUUCCCGAGGUUACCUUACUGUCUGAUGAUGGAGCAGGCUUGAGUGGCUUAAGUGACGCCAAUUAUACCUUCAGUGUGGUGUCUCUUGAACCCCUUCUGAACUGCACCCAAGUACCCCAGCAGCACAUUGUCGUUGAAAUUACCAGCCAUCGGGAAGAAGUAGGGCAAAUGGGCAACUUCAUCAAUGUUCAGGACACAAGAAUCUCCGUCCACCCCCCAAACAUCCCGAUCGAAUGUUCAGAAAGAGUAGCUUUGGGCUCAGCAAACCUCACCUAUGACACAACUAUCAACACAUUGGGCUCCAGGUGGAUAGGUCAGUACUUUGACUUGUACAAUACCACGGCAGGCCGGGUCUCGACAGCUUGCCCAUCAGUGGGCAUUGUCUUUGGUCAAGUAGAAGGAGUCAAUGCUGCUGCACGCAAUCUCACCGCGCUGUUAUGCACCCAGGAAAUCAAAGAGAUUGACAACCUGAUACUGGCCGUGGGACAAAAAUACGGCGAGUACAUGAGGCACGUCAUCAACUUGAACUUCCGCGCGGGAUCGGAGAGCGUCGAUGGCGACCUAGUCAGCGCUGCGGGUGAAUUAUCUUCGUCUUCAACCACCACGCUCUCACCGACUGUGACCAUCUCCGGGGCUUCCUCUCGUGAGGUUAAUCGCUUGGCGAUUGACAAGACAUCGAAACUAAUUCUACAGAUCCUACUUGCCGCAAUGGCGAUCCUGGGAUUGAUAGGAUAUACUUCCACCAAGAUGUCCGGCCUCCUCCCUCGCAAUCCGUGCAGCAUCGCCAGCACCAUGGGUUUUCUCGCAGACUCACAACUUUGCGACCGUGGCUCAGGUAUUAUACCCCAGGGGUCUGAGCUGAGAAGCGAUCACGAGCUGGGAGAGCUAUUUGACGGGUGGGUGUUCAGCCUAGGUUGGUGGAAUACUGGGAAUACUGUGGACUCUGCCGUAGCCACGGCGCAACCGCAUGAUAACCCGCAAGGGACACACCCUGAUGCUAAGUUAAUGAUGACUUCAGUGUCCGCACAGAGAAGAGGCGCGAAUCGCUUUGGAGUCGAUGUUGGCAGAGCGAUGGGUUAUCGAGAAGACUAG